CCAGCUCGACCUCUCAGAGCGUGCAUGUUUCUCAGCACUUCCACAUUCUUCCCCUACUUAUAGCCCCAGCCCUCCCUCUGGCUACCCUUGACACCCCGCGAGUCGAGCUCUAAACAUGUUUGCGAAAGCCGCCAGGAACUGUGUCGCUGGUCAAGCGCGGCGAGCGAGUACCUCUGCUUCGACCUCACGGUCCGCUCUUCGUCUUGCUGCAGGCGCAAGGCAUGCUCUGCCAACGUCGCAUUCACAGACGUUGGCCCUUCCUCCUAGGCAAUGCCGAAGCUAUGCGACGCCUCCGCCCCAGGUCGUGCAUAGUGAUCUGCCAAUCGAGAAGUACCACACGUACUCCGAGGCGACAAUGGACAACAUGCUCGAGUCGCUCGAGAACUUGUUGGAUGACAUAGGCGACCCGGACUAUGAGGUUGAAUACAGUAGCGGCGUGCUUACGCUUAAGCUCGGCGAGAAAGGGACCUACGUGAUCAACAAGCAGCCGCCAAACAAGCAGAUCUGGCUCUCUUCGCCGUUCAGUGGUCCGAAGCGGUACGAUUACUCCGAGUCCGCGGAUGACUGGGUGUACAACAGGGAUAGCCGCACGAUGAGUGACCUACUUGACAAGGAGCUCAGUACUGCGCUCGGUCGCGACGUUCAGUUAGGUAUUGCUCGGGUAUCACAACUGGAGUGAGGGGUACUUGGGCAUCUUCCGCAGUC